AUGGGCCCGGCCCCCGUCCACGGCAAGCAGACGCCCGCCUCGUCCACCUCGUCGUCGCCCUCCUCGAACCAGCCCGCCCCGGCCGCCAGCACCCAGAAGAAGCACGCCUCGACCGCGGCCUCGCUCCCGCCGGCGACCAAGUCGACCGCCAACCCGCUCAAGGAGCUCUCGCUCGAGGCCUUCAUCGCCAAGCAGACGCCGACCGCGUGGACUCGCCUCCUCGCCAACAUCCACCCGGCCGGCACGCUCCCCGGCUGCGUCGUCGCGUCGCCGAGCAAGGCCCUGCCCGACUACUGGUACGAGUGGACCCGCGACAGCGCCAUCUGCGAGCGCGCCCUCGUCGAGCGCUUCGUGCGCGAGUCGCGCCAGGAGGACCUCACCACGCUCGAGGAGUACGUCGAGGCGUCGCGCAUCAUGCAGCACAAGCAGACGGUCCUCGGUGGCUUCUCCGAGGGCGGUCUUGGCGAGGUCAAGUACCACGUCGACCACGAGCCGUUCACGGGCGACUGGGGUCGUCCCCAAGCCGACGGUCCGGGUUCGCGCAUCAUCACGCUCGGCGCCCUCGCGCUCCACCUCCUCGACAGCGGCGACAGCGCCAAGGUCGAGUACGUCAAGACGGCGCUGUACCCGGGCUCGCCCGAGGGCGGCGAGCGCACCGGCGUGCUCCUCGGCGACUUGGAGUACGUCGCGACGCACUGGCAGAUGAAGGGCUUUGACCUCUGGGAGGAGGUCUCGGGCCACCACUUCUACACCCUCCUCACCCUCCGCACCGCUCUCCUCGUCGGCUCCCGCCUCGUCACCCACCCUGCGCUCGCCACGCCCGAGACGCUCGCCGCCUCGUCAAAGUACGCCGCCGCCGCCGACGCCAUCACGCCGCAGCUCGCGCGCUUCUGGGACGCCGAGCGCGGCUUUGUCCGCGUCACGGUCGACCAUGGCAAGGAGCCUGGCGCGGUCGGGACGUACGCCGGCACGGCCGACGGCGAGGACGUCGGGCGCCAGGUCACCAAGAAGCACGUCGAGGAGGAGGAGGCCAACGUUGACGAGAACGUCAACUCGUCCGUGUACGACGACAAGCACGGCAAGGAGUCGGAGCUCGACAUCGCCGUCGUGCUCGCCGUCCUGCACGCCGGGCGCGGCACGGGCUGGGCCAAGUUGACGACCUCGUUCGAGGCGGCCAAGGACGACGAGUCGUUCGAGAGCGCGGCCAAGGUGCUCGCGACGCUCGACAAGCUCGUCACGGCCUUCGACAAAACGUACCCGCUCAACAAGGGCCGGCGGGACGGCGCGAGGAAGGAGGCGGUCGCCAUCGGUCGGUACCCGGAGGACGUCUACGACGGUGUCGGCAUGUCGGUCGCCCACCCUUGGUACCUCGCGUCGGCUGGCGCCGCCGAGUUCCUCUACGUCCUCGUCCAGGACCUCGCGUCGCUCGCCCAGCGCCCGGACGCCACCUUCCGCCUCACCCCUCUCGUCCACUCGUCCCUCACCUCGCUCCUCCCGACGCUGUCGGUCCCCCUCCCCGAGCCCAACUCGACCCUCACGCCCUCGCACCCGGCCUUCAUCCCGCUCCUCUCGGCGCUGUCGCGCUUCGCCGACGGGUUCCUCGCCGUCAUCCAGGAGUACACGGGCGCCGACGGGCAGCUGAGUGAGCAGUUUGAGCGCGACGGCGUCGCGAGGGGGUCCGAGUGGCACGACGGCGGCGUCCUCGAGGACAGCAAGAAGGACGACGAGGGCCACCACGUCGAGGCGAUCGGCAGGGGCGCCAAGGACUUGAGCUGGAGCUACGCCGCAUGGGUGUCGGCCGUGCUCGAGCGCGAGAAGGCCAAGCGCGCCGUCGACGCGGUCGAGGGCGCCUCGGCGACGACGGCUUGACGCGGCGACCAGGCGUCGCAAAGCCUUUCCCCCUCUGUUCCCUAUCCCUCCCUCCAGUCCCUCAUCCUUAAUCUUAGUCGCAGUCGGGUCGUACACGUUCUGUAUCCUCAUCCUGUUCGUCGCACGUUC